CAGGUGUCAGUCGUCGCGACGUGCGAUGCAGUUUGAAGGAUAGAUGUCUGCAGGCUGGAUUGGGUGUUUGGAAAGUCCUGCCUGGUUCACGUUACAUGUGCAAUGUGCAGCCAACAUAUGGAUGUUGUAGCUUGAUCAGGGAUUGAAACUCAGACAACCGAUUUUGAGUGGCAACUUCUUGAUUUCAUGGGACGUGAAUUUCAUUGUUGGAAUAUGUGACUGCAAGACAUUAUAGUUAGGAUACUCCUUGAGCAGACAGUGUGCUUUAACCAUACUGUAGUUGUAGACUAUCAAGUUUACACACAUGAUCAUUAGUGUUGUGUGACUUUAGUGUUACAUUAGUGUUACUUUAAAAAUUAUCUUUGAACUUCAGUAUGUUAUUCAAAAUUUUCUAGUCAUUUUUUAAGAAGUAACUUUGAAAAUUAUUUUGGAUAUUUCUUCUAAAAGUUUGAGAAAAGAGACAUUCCGGAUCUAUCAACUUUUUAAAGAUAGACAGUUUUUAGUUCUUGAGCUCAACAUUGUAUACUGUUGUUUCAAUGCGACCAUGAUGUUGAAUAACUACAACAACUACAAAUAUUGUAACUAUGACAAGGUCAUCAAUGGUAUAUGUGGAUCAUGAGUAACCUUCUUCAUUUCAUGCAAUUAUUGAUGUAGAUUAAGGAAAAAGGUAAACCUUCAGAAAUGCACAGUCAUCAUAAAUGGAGCUCAAUGACGAGCAAAUUUUCAGCAAGAAGGAACAAAUUUCAUCGGGACUCAAUGGACAUGAAGUAUCAUCGAUCGGUGAGCCUUGACAGUUCUGAUGCUUCGUAUGAAUCGUCUGAACCACUAGACAUCCAUUGUGAAGUACCUUGGCCAGAGAAAUGUGCAUGGCAUCAGACAGGAAGUUUGAAAUCUCAUUUUGUCCAUCUUUCGGACACUCUUGCCACUGAUGAGAUUCCCCUGACUGGAUUCCGGUCUGGGUCCCUUGACAGUCAGCUGGUGACAUCAACAACAGAUAAGACAGACAGCUCCCUAGCGAUAGUGUCUGACUCUGAUGAAGGCAAGGAAAAUGACAGCACAAAAGCUGUCGACAUUGGCAACCCACAGAGAGAUUCCAAUAAGACUGUGUGGUAUAUCACUACUGACCCGGUGGCCAUACCAACACCGGAUCUGGUUAGCCAGCCGGUCACUGAUGCAGCCCUCUCAUCGAUUUCAGCAAGUCUUGCAGACAAACCAGCAUCACCAGAGAAAAAGCCAAGUCGUUCAAAGCCCAAGGGCACUAUUCCAUAUGAGGUGGCAGGGCGAGACAGCUUGGAGAGCAUUGCUGCACAUCAUGACACCACGCCCUCUGAGUUGAAGAAACUCAACAGACUGGUGUCUCGGAUGAUCUUUCCUGGACAGGUGUUGUACAUCCCAGAUCCAGACUAUGUGUCCAGCAGCGACCAUGAGGCAUCCUCCCCAGAGCCAUCCAUCUCACCACCCUCCCUCAGCCCACCCCCAGAAUCCAGGGUCAGAGUGGAUGUACCCCUAGUCUGCAUGGCUGACAAACCACCAGUGCGGGUCCCAGGUCACGUGGAGAGGCAAAUCUCAUUGCCUAAGGAAAAAGUAGAGCCUGCUGUACCACAAAAGCUAUCUGAUGAGGAGGCAAAACAGCUGGACCAGGAAUGCUAUGAGAGAUUUAUCAAAAUUAAUGUCAAACACAUCACUGAUGGACAGGGAGUAGUGAGUGGGACCUUGAUUGUGACCCCCAAUGCUGUGAUGUUCGACCCCAACGUGUCCGACCCCCUGGUGAUCGAGCAUGGCACGGAGCAGUAUGGGAUGAUCACCCCCAUGGACAUGGUGAUCAGCGCGGCCAUGUACCAUGACAUAGCUGCCAUGAGGCUCCGUGGCAAGAAAGGUGAGGACCGAGCAACAUCUCCACGGCCUGAAGUGUACCACGACAAGGGUUGUCCCCUCUACCAGGCUUUUGCCUCACUGCACGAUAAGUCCAAAGACCAUGUAGACACAGGCCCAGGAACAGUGCUGAGUGAUCUAUGUCAUCCAAGUCAUCCAAGUCGAUCCUCCACACUAGAGAGCUUGAAAUCGGAAACUAACAGUAUCUGUUCGUGUGGUGUGAUAUCGCGACAUCAGAGUGUUAAUAUUGAAUCGCCAGAUUUGAAUGGAAACGAAAAAUUGCCUGGCGAGGGUGAAACAGAGCCUGCAUCUAAAGAUGCUGUGAGGAGUGAGUCAGAACAAACAACUGCAGAAGCAGGCGCUCAUCUUGGAAGCAGUGCUGAGGAUACUGGUAAAGACACUGAAGAGUACUUAGGAAGUAGCCAAACAGGUACUGACGACACAAUGGGAGCAGUUAAAAGUAAAAUUGCUGAUGGUUUGGAUAAAGUAGAGAGUAAGUUUGAGAAGGAUUUGGAAGGAGUUUUGGGUGCAAAGUGUGAUGAGAAUUUCAAUGACCAAGGUGCAGCUGGUGCUGUGACCGAACUGACAGCUCCUGAAAAUAUUUCUGAGAUUUCCAGUGUGGGAACGGAUGUGACAGAAGAUGAAGGCUUUAGUGAUGAUGCAAAUGUGACAGAUGAUAAAGGGUCAAGAAAAAUUACUUUUGUGGAUCGAGAUGCUUCUGUCCUAACGACUGAUAUUUCCGACCUUGCCCAAACUUCUCUCUCUCAGGAUGAACCCCAACUGUCUUUAACACUCUCUGGUGAGGAUGCAAAAUCUGUGAUAUUGAACAAUGCAGCUACUGGAGAAUCAACGACUGAUCCAGAGUCGAAGAGAGUACACCAAGAAAACCAAAAUCCAAAUGAAUCAAGAAUUGAGAACGUUUUUGUUGAAAAUAGUGAUGAAACAGCAUAUGUCAAAGGAACCAGUUUGGAAUCAGAUGACGGACAACAAGCAGACAUGUCUGCUUCAUCAGCCAUUUUGGAAUCUCAAGUGCAGGAUCAGACAGAUGGAGGGUUCAGACCUUUUCAGACAUCUGCCAAACAUCUGAGUAAUUUUGUCAACUACGCAACUGGAUUGUUCCGAAAGGAUUCUGAGGAUCGUAUCAACCUGGAUGACAUCAAUGAAGUUGUAGUGACGACAGCCAACAGAACACCAGUCAUGUCCGUCACAACCACGGCACAUCCUGAUCUGAUAAACCUAGAGGUGGAAAGUGCCAUCAAACUGGAAGACAAACCAGAACUGUUUCAAACAUUUGAUAGUCUAGAGCUGAUUGCCCGGCCCGCUGCUCGGUCUGAGGACCCCCCACUUUACCUCUGCCUGCGGGUGGGGCACCCCAAGAACAAGGAGGUGUCCCAGACCUGCCCCAUCGAGUCCUACAGGGCCACCAAGAAGAAGCCGGAAUACUGGUUCUCCAUCCCCAGAGACAAAGUGGACCAGCUGUAUGCUUUCUUCGUCCAAUGGACCCCUGAAAUCUACGGAGAUGAAGAUGACAUUGAUCCAGAGACACGUGGCUUUGUUGUCAUCAGUGAUGACGAUCAGCUGAAAGAAGAACAGUUGGAGAUUGUAGAUGAACACUUUGCCAGUAUUCAGAAGAUCCGCAAGGACUGGGAGAUCAUCAGCAAGGAGGAAGCCAUUCGGCGCAUGUCAACUGUGGAUAUAGAGGAGACCCUCCAACUGCCAGAGAUGAUUGGGGAAUCCAAGUUGCUGUCAGAGGAACAACUUAUUGAGCUGUCCCAGAACAUGCCUGCUCGCACCAUCGGGUACACCUGGAAUCUCAUCUACAGCACAGAUCUGCACGGCUUCAGCCUGAAGACCCUGUACCGAGACAUGUGUCAGGUGGACAGCCCCAUACUCCUGGUCGUGGCCGACACCAGCAACAAUGUUUUUGGAGCUGUGACAAAUUGUGCUUUUAAGCUGAGUGAUCAUUUUUAUGGCACAGGCGAGAGUUUUCUGUAUACAUUCUAUCCUGAAUUUAAGGUGUUCCACUGGACUGGAGAGAACAACUUCUUCAUUAAAGGCAACAAGGAGAGUCUGGCUAUUGGAUCAGGGCAAGGUCAAUUUGGAUUGUGGCUUGAUGGAGACUUAUACCAUGGUCGCUCACAUCGCUGUGAUACGUUUGAUAAUGAUGUACUCACAGACAGGGAGGAUUUUGUACUGAAGGGACUGGAAGCGUGGGCAUUUGUUUGAGGAAAUGAAAGAUAACAUUGGCUUGUCAAUUUCGUGGAGCAUCAGUUCAGAUGCCAGUUGAUAGCGUCAGUGGUCACCAUCAGCUGUUUGCCAACAUGACAGAAGAGCAGGUCGCUUCACUGAUUCCAGGAGUGUGGUUGGUGCAAUACUGAGGACUCGACACUGGAUGUGUUAGGGAUGCCAGAGACAGUGCAAUGUUGAUUGACAUAUGUCAGUAAGGUGUAGAUUUCAUGUGGAAGUGUUUUGAUGAUAGGACAUCAAAGGACUUGGAGAGUAUUUGCACUCUUUGUUUGUGAAAGUAUUACUGUGGAUAUACACAUUUCAUGAUGAAUCACCAGGCACUUGCACUAUUGUAUAGGUGGUGUUGGGUGUAUAUUUCACAUACACACAUGUCAUAGUCUGUGAAAGAUGGACUAGCUUGAAAUGAACAUGGUGUGGCUGUUUCAUCACUGUAGUGGGAUAUGACAGGGGCUUGUCUGACAUGCAGGAGGUCAGUGCAGUGAAAUUAACGCAGUGUGCAUGUUGUUUAGUAUGAUAGGUGACAGGUGUGUAUUUCACAUACCCCUGAUAUAUAGAUCAAUGGCAAUAUCAGUGUCAAUGUCUACACAUAGCUGAAAUAGACGUCCCUAUUAAAUGUUUUUUUUGUGGCAGUUUACAAACAGUUGUGCAGUUAAAAUGCAAUUUAUUAUUGGUCACACUUAAGCACAAAUAUUAUCCUUUACUUUAUUUUCAGCCAUUGUUUUCAAGUUCUGCCGUCAUGAUUUCCUUAUAUUCUAUUGAGGUGUUUGCACUUUUGGUUCUGACACUUGUGAACCCAUACCUAUAAGCAUGCCAGUGUCAUUUAGAACACUAUGGACGUUGACCGCUGUCGACAGCUGAAAUGUACAACGUAUGUCGUCAUACUGCAUGUCAGAUUGCUUCAAGAUGUUGACAGGUUUAUGUUGUGAGUUCAGUGGUCUUAUUUCUCUGACCGUUAUCAUUAGCACCAUCAACAUCUGGCUUCUUAGUGCCCUUGGACAUCUGAACAACAACCCAGGACAUUUGGAGUUCAUCUCAUGUGCAAUGAAUUUAGAUUUGAAGACUUUAAACAUCAAUAGACAUGACCUGUUAACAUCAGUUGACUUGUGAACUGCUAAUAAUAGCUGAUAUGUUGUGAUAGCUAAUGAUUGUAUCAGGUCUUGGAAAUGAAUACUGUUUACAUCCUUGGACAUGCAUACUGUUUACGACCUUGGACAUGCAUUCUGUUUAUGACCUUGGGCAUGCAAUCUGUUCUCGACCUUGGACAUGCAUUCUGUUUGACCUUGGACAUGCAUUCUGUUUGACCUUGGACAUGCAUGUGGGUAACAUCUUUGGACAUGCAUUCUGUUUAUGACCUUGGACAUGCAUUCUAUUUGACCUUGGACAUGCAUUUUGUUAAUAUCCUUGGACAUGCAUUUUGUAAACAUCCUUGGACAUGCAUGCGGUUAAUAUCCUUGGACAUGCAUUUUGUUAACAUUCUUGGACAUGCAUGCGGUUUACAUCCUUGGUCAUGCAUUUUGUUAACAUCCUUGGACAUGCAUGUGGUUAAUAUCCUUGGACAUGCAUUUUGUUAACAUUCUUGGACAUGCAUGCGGUUAAUAUCCUUGGACAUGCAUUUUGUUAACAUUCUUGGACAUGCAUUUUGUUAACAUUCUUGGACAUGCAUGCGGUUAACAUCCUUGGUCAUGCAUUUUGUUAACAUCCUUUGACAUGCAUGUGGUUAAUAUCCUUGGACAUGCAUUUUGUUAACAUUCUUGGACAUGCAUUUUGUUAACAUUCUUGGACAUGCAUGCGGUUAACAUCCUUGGUCAUGCAUUUUGUUAACAUCCUUGGACAUGCAUGUGGUUAAUAUCCUUGGACAUGCAUUUUGUUAACAUUCUUGGACAUGCAUGUGGUUAACAUCCUUGGUCAUGCAUUUUGUUAACAUUCUUGGACAUGCAUGUGGUUAAUAUCCUUGGUCAUGCAUUUUGUUAACAUUCUUGGACAUGCAUGCGGUUAACAUCCUUGGACAUGCAUGUGGUUCACGUCCUUGGUCAUGCAAAUUACCAUUCUUGAAGAUUAAUGCAGUUAGCAUCCUUGGAUAUUCAAUUUAACAGUGUUGGACAUGCAGAGAGUUUACAUCCUUGGACAAUGAAGCUCACCACAUCAGACACAUGCAAUGUCCCAACCCGUUAACAUGUGAUGACUUGGCAACCAAGUGUAUUGUAGUAGUCAGCAAUGUGUCGGUUAUCGGGGUACACCCAGGUGUAUAGACGUUCAUUGUUCAAGAAAGGGCAACAGUUUUAGAUGUAGAUUUGUUGCAUCAGUCAUGCCUGCCAACCAGCUUGUUAAGUACAACCAGUACAAAAAUGACAGGCAUGUUUCUAUGAUAAACAUGCAUUGUGUCACAGUUUGUGAUAGAGGAGCUAGUUGUUGCAACUGUUAGUGCUAGAUGUUGGUGUAUAUUGUACAUGUACAUGAUCUGUUCCACUAGAGGCACAACGCUACUGUUAGAUGUGUCAUUGUUGCUAGAAGGAUUUUAUACAUAUUGUUGUUGCUGUUAUAUCAGUGUUAUUUACAUAGGCAAUAGCUAAGCUGCAAGGGUUGGUACUUUCCUGAAAUGAUGGUGUUGUGCUCAACAGGUUCUCAGUAAUAUGUUCUUCAAAUAACUGUUAAGUCAACCCUAAAAAGGAAAAUAAUGUCUUGUAAUAUCAACCCAAGUGAUCUCGGAUUGGAUUCUGUGAGACCACAUUAAUUUCGAACUCAGUUCCCGUUAUUAUUGUUUAGAACUAUUACUUGUGAUCCAAGAAGAAUCUGUUUUGUCACUGAAACAGCACAAGAGUUCUGCUUGUAUCAAACUAUGGACAACUCAAACUAAUGUAGAUAAUAAUAAAUAUUUCAUGCUAUCAAGGUUUCACUGCGAAUUUAUUUCUCUAUAAUCUUGACUGGGCUUCUUUGAUACUUUAUUCAGUUUUAAUCAGUCUUGUUGGUGAUACUGAAAUAUUCAAUCGCCAGCUUAAGGGAUAACAAGAAAACAAUUUCUCAGAUCGCCACUGCUUUAUAAAGUAGGAUAAGACAGAAACUACAAUUUGAUGAAGGAUGCGAAUUUGAACUGACAUAUUAUGUUGUAUUGACAAACUAAACUCAAAACUAGAGCUCACAAACUAUAAAAUACUCACAGUUCAGAACAGUAUCAACCAGAUGUGUAUUUAGUGGCCUGUAGCUGUGUAUAUAUAUGUGAGAGUCUUGUGAAUGUUCACCCGUAGAACCAAGUGCUGUUUGUAUAUAGCAUGUAUAGUGUUGCAUCCAUGUGCAGUGCUUGUAAGCAUUGCUAUAGUGGUGAGAAAAGCAACUUUUUAAGCUCCUAACAUCAAUCCAUAUCAUCUUAAAAUGUGUCACAAACAAAACUACUUUUAUUAUAGAUAUGUCUAAAAUUUCAGUACUCCAUAUUUUUUUGUAACAAAAAGUGGCAUCUCUGUAAUCUUGAUGAUUUGUUUUUUCUAGUGUCAUGGUUAGAAUUCUUCAGUGAUGUGUGGACAAAUGUAUCUUCCAUUGUGUUUCAACUUACAUUUCUCUUACAUUCCUUUCAUCUUUUGUCUGUGAAUUUUGAUUUUCAUAUGCAAAUACAUUGUCUUUGAUUCAAGUUAAUACCGCAGUAUGUGAAAAAGAAAAUCAUACUCAGAUUUAUUCAACCACAAAGUAUUAUGUACUGAAUGUUUUUCAAAUGGAGAACAUGUGACUGUCGUACUUUCAGUCAAUUGUCUAUCUUGAUACACCAAUUUAGUCAGUAGUAAUGAACAUGUUAUAUCAUUCUUCUCUGCUAUUUUUCAGAUUUAUUUUUUUUAAAUUAAAUGUUUUGAGGCAAGAUGUAAUUUCUUUAUUGCUCUUUAAUCACAGUUUUCUUGGUCAAUGUUCCAAGAGGCAGGAGACAAGAUUAAGAUAGAAACGUUUAUUUUAUCACUUUUCUGAAAACAUUUUUGACAUUUUUAAAGAAUGUUUCCUUAUAUUCAUGAAUUUGAUGUAGGCAUUACUGUAAUACAAGAAAUUAUACUGUAUCUGGCUUCACAGAUAUAAAGAAUUGUUUGAAAUACAGAGUGAACAGUUUGCUGAUUCCUAUGGAAAGGUUCACAGAUUAAGACAUAAGAUGUUGCAUGUUACCGUACUUGUAUAUUUCCAACUGCCAGACAACCUGUUCUAGUCACCGUCUCUGCCAGAGUCCGGGUAAGUAUGAUAGCAAGCUUAGCCCUUACCAUUGUUAAUGAAAGAAUGAAUAAAUAUAUGAUCUAUCUAAUUGAUUGCCAGAAAUGUCCAAAUUAAUUCUGCUUAACAAUUAGCAAGUUUGAAAGUUUAUGAUUGGGGUAUGCAUGUUAUAUCCAUUUCAGAAUCAAAAUAUCUGUGUGUUACUUUCUUAUCUUCCAAGUUUCACUGAAUGUCAUGUACAAUUUCUUAUGCUUUUAAGGAAAUUGUGCCAUUUUGGGCAAAGCUUUUAGUAUUCUUUGGAAAUGCUGUCAACUCUGGAUAUAAGGCUUUUCACUUCUUGCAACUGGACGAGUUAGGAUAAGACCUGUUUUGGCAUCAGUUGAAAUGUUGGAAAAUUUUGAAAUAUUGGUAUGAAUAAUAUCAGACUGUUCAAAUGGUGACAGCACCCGCACCUCUUGUUAAAAUCCUGGAUUCAUCUGAAGUCAUGUAUUUUCACUAACAGAAUAUCUAACGGAACUCAGUUAAUUGCCACAUCCUUAGCCCUAUGUGCAGGUUCGGUUGACACUGUCCUUGCUACAGGUCAGUGUGACUGAUCAGAUAGAUGGAGACUUGUUACACAGUUUCACCAUUGUUAACAGGACAGAUAGAUCCUUUAAAUAUUGAUAGGACAGAAUUGAUAAUCAAGGAACAGCGUACUAUCCAGGUGCUAAGCCUAUACGCUCUUGUAUACAAAGAUAAGUAAGAUAUAGUUGUUGUUUUGAUUUAAUUCUUUCAAAGACAGUGUAUUUUGUCACUUUUCUCAUUUGAUUUUGUUCAAAAUUUGUUUGAAUGUUGAAAAAUAUUUUGGAUCCUUCAAAUUUGUUUUUGAUUUUUGGGUUAAAAAUUGGGUUGGAAGGAUGAUAAACACAACUAAGAUUUCAAAUUCUCAGUUUUCUUUUGGAGUUUUUGUGACAAAUGUGACAGGAAUGUUGUGUUUUAUGACAUUUGUGUUGGAAAAACACACUGUGGAGGACAGCUAUAGGUUGUGUUUUGUUGCUACAUCGCUGUGAGCAAACAUAUACAUUAUUGAGCAAGUAUGGCAUUACUGGAUCCGGCUGUGAAACAUUUUUUGUUUACGUUUUUUGGUUGUAACAAAAGAAGAUUUAAACUUGAAUAAUGUUUUUUCACAUGACCAAGUAAUACAAAAUAAAAUGCAUAAGGAAUGACCUGGUGAGUUUGCUUCACGUCCUCAACACUGACAUCAUACAAGAGCUGAUACGGUUAUGAAGAAACUGUAUAACAAGUCCCAGCAAGGCAGUGUUUCAAGAAAACUUGAAUAGAGGGGAAAAAAAGCAUACCCAAUAUAUCAAUAGACACAGUCAAUUAUGACACACACACUGACUGUAACCUCAAUGCAUGAAUUGGCCAUGUUCAGACAGUACUCAGUAAAAAGAUUUUUCUACAUGGAAUCUAAUUGAUAUGUUUUUGCAACCUGUAAUGGUUUCUUAUAAAGCAAAUUCAGCCUAAAGAUAGAUUCUAUUACGUCCGAUAAAAAACUUGAACAGUCCAUAAGGCCACAAGUUAUUAAUUCAUUAAAAAGCUCAUUUCUGGAUUUCCAAAUACUGCGAUACUGUACUAUGAUGUGAAUAUUGUAUCGUGAUGUCAUGUUUGGAUACAUGUACAUAGAAGGAAGACUGGUGUUAUGUUGGGAAAAUGAACUGUGAAAAACUAUUUUCUGACAGUAUGUACGGGAGUUCUUAAGCCUUUAUCUUCUUUUACUGAAGUUUCAAGGUUUCAUGAUUGAUAUCCUGUAACAUUGUGCCACCCUAAUUUCAACAUAUUUAUUAUGUUGUUACAGACAGUUUUCUAACAACCCUAUUUUAAGAUGCAACAAGAACUAAUUGUGGAAUCUGUAUACAACCAGAAAUUUUUAAUUCUUCAAAGAGAUCAAUUUAUCAUUUAUGCAAAUUACAUCCCGAUCCUAAUUUUUGAAGACAUUGUAAAGAACAGACUUUAUUUGUUGUGGCCAAGUUGAUUAUUUUUCUCGUCUUGAAAUAUGAAUAAACAUACUAAGGACGUCCCAGCAUACCAAAUAAUAUUCUAUGUCUAUUGUUGAUGCAUGACAAAUAUACAGAUGUUUUAUGCAUGUAAAAUGCAAAAAUGUAUUUGAUUAUUGUUUGAUGCGAUUCAAUUAGAAAUGCUUCAGUUUUACUUUUAUUAUGUAUACAUCAUUUGUAAAUAUUUUGAUUUCAAUAUGUGAUUGAAAUAUGUUUGCUUCUUUUGCUUUUGGUUUGGGCAUUUGGAACAUUGCUUCAAUCAACUUGCUGCUUGGUUCACACAGAACACCAACACCUGUAUCACACUUCUCACAGUACAGUAAUGCUCAUAAGGAAAUCACAACAUUACAUUUGUUCCAAGGCUAUUAGUUUGUGUUUUUUAGGUUCACAGAUCCUUGCUGUAAAAGUUCAGGAAGUGAAAAAUGGAUUUCAAUUUGGUGAUAACGACAGCAUGUUAAUAUUAGAAAUCCUAGUCGUUGUUUUUGUUCAUGCCAGCCACUUUUAGUUACAGCUGUCAUAGUACUCAUUUUAGCAAUAUUGAUUUAGUGUCAGAGGGACCAGCCAUUAUAUCUUUUCCUAAAAACUUUAUCCUUGUGUGAGCACUUAUUUUGGAGUAAAGAAAAAGUUAUUUUGAAAGUAGGUAUUCUGUAUUAUGGAUGCCAGAAACAAUUCUUCCGUUUGUUGGGAAUAAAUGUGUGCCUAAAUAUACACCCAAAAUUUCAAGUUAAAAGGAUGGUCCCUGCUAUGUGUUGAUGGUAUGAUGGUAUGAUGGUAUGAUGCCAUGAUAAGUUGCUCUCUCCUGCAGCUUCCUGUUUCAUGUAGUUAUAUGAAUGGCACACAAACCUUAGAUGUGGAGGUCCUGCAGUUACAAAACAGUAAAGGAUUAUAUCAUUGUUAACAUUGUAAGUUUGUUAUGGAAUGUGGAUUCUAGUAAGUACUUCAGUGGCUCUAGAUCUACCUAAUGUCUAGACAGUGUGGUAUACAGCAUUACCAGCAAUAUAAACGAGCAGUGUUGUCGUAGAAAAUUUCAAGGAAAUACUUGCGGAGAUUAAAAGCGGAAAGUUCAGAGCUGCUACAAAUUAAAGAUCUUUCUCACUUUCUUUUCUAUAAAGAAUCAGUGAAUCAAGUCAGGUUCAAUUUUAUUUUUAAAAAGUAAUAAAUUGUUAUUUUUAUAGUGAUGCCAUUUUUCUGGAAAGUUUAAACAAACUAAUACACACAAUGUUUGGUCAUCUAUCUACAGGUGAAGCAAGAGAUUUUCAAACUGUUUUAGAUAGUUAUUUCUAAAAAGGUAAUUUGAUAUUUUGACAUGAUUUUUUUGUGUAACAGCCCUGAAUGUUCUUGCUCUGUUAUGUAUAUAGAGCACUGGUAUAGCACACAUACAUUGUUAUAGCAUAGAGUUAUCUGAUAGCAGUAUGUUACCAUGUAGCUGUCAGGUGUACACACUACUUACAAACAUGAUGACUGAAUUAAAGUGAACACAUUUGCCAAAACA